AUGACCGGCUCUUAUCAUGGCACUGCCCGGACUAUUUCGGUCAUCGCAGGCACUCUGGUAGCUCUGUCCUGCGGAACUAAUUAUGCAUACUCGGCAUGGGCACCUCAGUUUGCGCAUCGCAUGAAGCUCUCGUCGACCGAGAGUAAUUUGAUCGGUGCCGCGGGAAAUCUGGGCAUGUAUGCGAUGGGCAUCCCAAUGGGAUUAUUGACGGAUGCUCGUGGCCCACGACUGAUCACCCUGGUCGGUUCGAUCUUGCUGGCGUUGGGAUACUAUCCAAUUUACCUAGCGUAUCAAUCGGGAGAGGGCUCGGUGCCAAUUAUCUUCCUGUGCUUUUUCGCUUUCUUGACGGGUACCGGUGGCUGCUCUGCCUUUGGUGGUGCCAUUAAGACAGCUGCUUCAAACUUCCCCGAUCACCGUGGUACAGCAACUGCGUUUCCGUUGGCUGCCUUCGGACUGAGUGCUCUGUUCUGGUCUAAUGUUUCCACAUUAAUCUUCAAGGAAGACACCGGUCGCUUCCUCCUCUUGUUGGCACUUGGAACCUCGAUUCUCUCUUUUUGCUCUAUCCCAUUCCUUCGAAUAUUUUCCGUCGAGUCCUACUCAUCUCUACCUCAUCAUGGCCCUGGUGACCAGGGCAAUUCUCAGCGGAUGCGCCGCGGAAGCAAUGUGCCUGUGAACUCGGAGGACCACAACUCUACUGCAUUCGCUCAUGGGCAAUCGGCACACGCGCGUACGCAAUCGACAGUGUCAAACCACCGAGCCUAUGGCGCCGAUUCGGAUGAGACCUCCUCCCUAGUGUCUAAGCCCGAUGGUAGACCCUCCUUCGACACACUAGAUGACGAUUACCUGGGCGUUGUGGCUAUGGAGGCGCACCACCCGGAUAUUCGCGGGUUGACGAUGUUACGCCAUAUUGAUUUCUGGCAGUUGUUCCUGACCAUGGCGCUGUUAUCCGGUAUUGGUUUGAUGACCAUUAACAACAUUGGCAAUAGCGCCAAGGCCCUCUGGCUCUAUUACGAUGACAGUGCUACUUCCAAAUUCAUCCAUCAACGACAGGUCAUGCAUGUCUCGAUUCUCUCAUUCUGCAACUUCCUCGGCCGGCUCUUCAGCGGCAUCGGCUCCGACAUUCUUGUCAAGAAACUAAACAUGUCCCGCUUCUGGUGUCUUCUAAUCUCAGCCGUUGUCUUCACCCUGACCCAAUUUGCGGCCUCCUCAAUCUCCAACCCGAAUACGCUGGUCGUUGUCUCUGCUUUUACUGGUGUUGCCUACGGAUUUUUGUUCGGCGUAUUCCCCUCCUUGGUCGCACAUACCUUUGGCAUUGGCGGUCUUUCACAGAACUGGGGUGUCAUGACUCUAGCCCCCGUGUUCAGUGGAAACGUCUUCAAUCUUCUAUACGGCACCGUCUACGACCGACACUCCGUUAUCGGCCACGAAGGUGACCGCGAGUGUCCCGAUGGCCUGGCCUGUUACCGCUCCGCCUAUUACCUGACUUUCUUCUCCGGGCUUGCGGGCAUAGGCGUUUGUUUAUGGAGUAUCCUCCGCGAGAGACAGAUUCACAACGUUGGGCGGAAGAAGACCGAUCACCGACUCGCAUAG